AUGGAUUGCGGCCAGUCGGAUACGAACAUAUUGAAAACAAUCGUGCAUGCGGGCACGAAAGUGGUUCCAUUUCGUGAUGGCACAAAGGUAAAGUUCCACUAUCAAACGAGAAAAUGUGACGAAUCACGAACGCUCAUAGACGACAGUCGAACGCAGCAGAAACCAAUGGAGCUAGUGUUGGGCAAAAAGUUUAAGCUCGAGGUGUGGGAAUCGAUCGUGCAGCAGAUGGCUCUGCACGAGGUGGCCCGGUUUCGGUGCGACCGAUCCUUGGUCAUGCAGUACCCGUUCGUGUCGAAAACGAUACGGGACGCACAGAAGCCACGGGAGGAGCGGAAACACUGCUGCGGCAUGACGGUACAGAACGAGGGCAUCGGAUACAAAGAUCUCGACGAGCUGUUCACGAAUCCGCAGGAUCUCGAGUUUACCAUCGAGAUACUGUCGAUCGAAAGUCCGGAAGAGUACGAAAAGGAAUCGUGGCAGCUGUGCGACACGGAGAAGCGAACGCUGGUCGAGAAGCUACGGCAGCAGGGCAAUGCGGCGUACAAGGCGAACAAUCUGGCCGCAGCACUGGAAUCGUACUCGUACGCCACUGGUAUCAUUGAGCAGCUGAUGCUCAAAGAAAAACCCAACGAACCGGAAUGGAAUGAGCUGGCUCAGAUGAAGGUUCCGCUACUGUUAAACUACUCCCAGUGCAAGCUAGCCGAGAAAGAUUUUUACGCCGUCAUCGAGCACUGUACCGAGGUGCUAAAGUACGACCCAAACUGCGUAAAGGCGUGGUAUCGGCGCGGCAGGGCACAGGCGGGCGCCUGGAACUUUGAUCGGGCGAAGGCCGACUAUGAGCGUGCGGCCGAGCUGGACCCUCACCUGCAGCCCGCCGUGCGUAAGGAGCUGGCAAAGUUGCAGGAACAACAGCGCCUGAGGGAUCUAGAGGAUAAGUUAAAGUAUCAGAAGCUUUUUUAG